CCCAGGCCCUGCACUCUGCUCGGUUGCCACCUGUCGCAGCGCCAUGCUGGGAGGCCUGGGGAAACUCGCCGCUGAGGGCCUGGCCCACCGCACCGAGAAGGCCACCGAGGAGGCUGUUCACGCCGUGGAGGGAGUGGUGAAGGAGGUACUAGAGCACGCCAAGGAGGCUGGAGAGAAAGCCGUCGCCGACGCCCUGAAGAAGGCCCAGGACUCCGGGGAGAAAGUGGUGAAGGACGUCACCGCAACAGUGACCGAGGCCGUGACAGGCGCCGUGGCCCACGCCGUGGAGGGCUUGGGCCCACGGGGGCAGUGAGCAGGCCUGCGGGGCUCCCGCGCCUCAAUAAAGGGCCGCCCCACCA